UCUGCGACAGCAGGAGUUUGCAAUUUUACACAAUUGUUUUCAAGAUACUGGAGCGAAUACGAUCAUUCGGAAACCAUGAAGUUAACGGCAAGUUUCUGUAAAGCGCAUCAGUCUGGAUGCGACGCGGCGCGCGGCGGACGCUUGAGAGGUCUCUAUCGUUCUCAAUGUGGAAAUCUCAGAGGCAGCAGUUUCUAAAGCAGUGUUGACUCAAGGACUGGUUACUGAAGCAUUUCAUCCUUGGAAAGCAACAAUGGCCCUGAGCUGCCUUUGUGAGCCUGUAAAUGGUUCCGAGCAUGAAUUUGUCUUCUGCAACAGCACCGCAUUUAACUUUACCGGCAAUGAAAGCGGACACUGUCACCUUCAGACGCUGGAUGAGGUUCUGUUUAGGCUUCUGGGCCCUAGACGAUCUCCAUUCUUCUUUCCUGUAACCUUCACGUACAUUUUCAUCUUUGUCACAGGAGUUGUGGGAAACCUCCUGACCUGCACCGUAAUCGUUAAAGACAGGAAGAUGCGAACGCCUUCUAACCUCUAUCUCUUCAGCUUGGCCAUCUCAGACCUGCUUGUGCUUUUGUUCGGGAUGCCCCUGGAGAUCUAUGAUCUUUGGCAGAACUACCCCUUCCCUUUCGCGGAAAGCAUCUGCUACUUCAAAGUCUUCCUGUUCGAGAUGGUGUGCUUUGCAUCCGUGCUCAAUGUCACAGUGCUGAGCGUGGAACGUUACAUAGCUGUGGUGCACCCGCUCAAAACCCGCUACACAAUAACUAAUAAGCAUGCCCAGCGGGUUAUUUCUAGCGUUUGGGCCAUGUCACUGUUCUGUGCCAUUCCGAACACGUCCCUCCAUGGUUUGCAGUAUCACUUUCUUCCAGAGAAAGCGAUGGAGUCGGCCACGUGCAACCUGCUGAAGCCCAAAUGGAUGUACAACUUGGUGAUCCAGGUCACCACUAUACUGUUUUAUUUUGUCCCGAUGAUGGUGAUCAGCGUGUUGUAUCUGAUGAUUGGUCUGACACUGGGAAGGGGACAGAGGCAGAAAAAAAGCAAACAGGACAAACAACAUGGCAAUGACAGCUGGAAAAUUCAUUUGGAUCGUGGCCGGAGAAGGCAGGUCACCAAGAUGCACUUCGUGGUGGUGUUAGUCUUUGCCAUCUGCUGGGCUCCGUUCCACAUCGACCGACUGUUGUGGAGCUUCAUCACGAGUUGGACGGACCACAUGCAUAACAUAUUCGAGUACGUGCACAUAAUCUCAGGCGUGCUCUUCUACCUCAGCUCCGCGGUUAACCCCAUCAUCUACAACCUGCUCUCCAGUCGCUUCCGUGAACGCUUCAAAGCGCUGGUUUGCCGCCCCCUGCCAUCGAGCUCUUCUCGUAAUGAUUCAGUUCCUUUUUACUUCAUCAACAAAGACCCCACCACUGAUGCUCAGCGUCCAGGGUGACUGCAGAGACACGGGCAGCGCACACCGCUUUGUGAUUAUCAGCAGUGGCUGGAAACAGGAAAAUGAAUGUGGUUGUGGGGGGGGGGUUGCAUUUGAACGUUUGCCUGUUGUGUAUACACUAAACAGUUCCUUAAAACCAUAUGUACAUUUAAAAAAUGUUAAAUAAGUUCCAUUUGUUAUCAAGCUAUUUACUAUAUGAUCAUUAUUAUAGCUUCUAUGAGCAUUCGUGUUGAAGGUCAUGACAGCAUGUUACUUAACAAUUACUCACCGGUCUCGAACCACGGUCUCGCCCCGCCUACUCCACAACAACACACUUUACCCAAUAUACAUAGCCUACAUUUACAUAAUAAAUAAUUGACAAUUGUACACAAUAUACAGUACACACAUUUCCAUAAUAGGAAAAAAGCCCAUAACGCCGCCUUUUUGUUAUGCAUAGCUAUUUCCAUUCAGGUUGGGCAUUGUGCAUUUAGAUGUUCUAUUAAUGCAGAUCAUUGCAUCACAUGGAUGGCAUAAAAAAAGGAAAUAUUGAAUUUCAUAUAACGCUUAUUAUGAUUCUAACAAUAACUGUUUAAAAUGAACACCAUCAGUUUUGUUUGGAACUAGUUGUUUGUGUCAAAGGGACAUUUACAAUCAAGCACGCAAAUCUUUUUUCUGGAUCUAUUUUCCACAAGCACUAGAAGAGAGAUGAAGAAGCACUUUAUGCUAGUGCGUCAUCAACAAAACCACACGGUGAAAACAAGAUAAUAAAAGCUGCAUGGAACAUUAAUCCUUUCAGACUAUUAUAGUAAAUUGCGUAUUUCAUGUAUGAAUGAACAAUAAGGGACGGAUGCGGUGUUGUUUUAACAUUGUGCCAAAAGUGCUUCAGUAGAUUUGGAUGUAGAAAUUUCACAUCAUGGUUAUAGUGACCAAAAUUACCACAGUAAUGGUAAGUUAACUUAUUUCUCAUUCGCUAUAUAACAGCGGAUGGUGUUCACGAAUAUGACUUUUGCGGUGACUUCCUUUUUUGCAUGACUUGCAAACAGGCUGCCCAUCCUCAAAUAAAAUGCCCUCAGGACUCCGAUUUGGUCCUUUUAGAUGGCGGAAAAAUCUCCCGAGCGCUGUCACUGCCUUCCGCCAUGUUUGCACGUGCAGAACAACGUCACUAGCUGCACAGGAAUCACUGCAAGUUUUCAAAAUCACGCUAAUCAUACCCGGUAAUCAUGAUAAGUACAGUUUAAAUGGUAAUACUAA